AUGACAACAAUUCAUAUCUUACGCCAUGGCCAAGCUCUACACAACGUCGAAAGAGGCUAUCCCCACCGCGACCCUCCACUCACAGAUCUAGGCACACGUCAAGCACGCAACGUCCAACAGACCAUUAAAAUCCAACCAGACCUAAUAAUCGUAUCGCCCAUGACAAGGACCAUACAAACAAUGUACAUCGUCUUCCGCUAUCUCCUCCACAGUGACAAGACCAAAGUCCAAGUAUGGCCCGACCUGCGCGAAGCACACGACGCAACAUGCAACAAAGGCGUUUCACGAAAAGACUUGGAGAAUAAAUUUCCGAAUCUUGACUUUUCAGCUUGUCCGGAGAAGUGGGACUUUCCGACGCACACCCCGGAUGAUGCGACGGUACGAGCCGAAAGAGUUCGGCGGCGGUUGAGAGAUGUUGCUAGGAUUGGGGGCUAUAAGAACAUCAUGCUCGUCACGCAUCGAGGCUUUGCAGCUUUUCUCGUGCAGGGUGAUAGGUUCAGUGUUUGUGAACACCGAUCAUAUCGCUUCGCUACGAGCGAAGAAGUGGAAAAAACAAGACAUGGAGUUAACAUAGAUACAGGCCUUGAGCAAAAUUUUGGUCCAACAGUAUUGAUACCAGCUGAGAAGCCGAAAACUCGCCAGGGGCCAUCGAGCUGA